AUGUCCGACAAAGAAACUCUGCCCCCGGCGCAGCCCAUCGUCCUCUCAAUGAAAGUUAGCGAAACUGGCUCAUCCGAUAGCCACUAUCGACUCCAACUCGGCAAGAAAGUCAAAUAUCUCGUUGUCGGGCCCAAAGUCUUUGACAGGGACGCGCUUGCAUCCCCUAUCCAGUUUUUUCCACGUCUUCCUGACAGCAAAGACUGGACCGUUGCCCACUUCUCAAGAGACGAAAUCACUGGCGACUUGAAGAUUUCCAUCUUGAACCGAACACUGCCUGGCGUCAAAUGUCAUUGGCAUCCUACCCGAGUUGACUGCCUUGAUCUGGAAAAGACCAAAUCGCUCACAGCGACCAAUUUCGAGGCUGUCUCGCAUUCCACAAUCCUUCCAAGAGGCACCAUGAUUGCCAAAAUGGCCCGCUUCGAGUGGGAACUGCCUCGUAUCGAACGGGAAACAAAGGCGUAUCGGUUGCUUCAAGCCUCCGGACUCACUUUGCGAUUCCUCGGUCACAUAACGGAGAAUGGUCGCAUCAUCGGGUUUCUUCUAGAAAAGAUGGAAGGACGACCUGCCGGUUGGAAAGAUCUGGACGCUUGCCGAGACGCUCUUGGAAAGCUUCAUCGUUUGAAACUUCUUCACGGAGCUAUAUGGCAGAAAAACUUCCUUCUGACCGAACAAUAA